AUGAUCGACUCCGGAAAGGCAGCAUUCCUUAUCAAGUCCAAAAUCGAUAAAAACCUGCAACUGUCUUUGGACAUCCCCGCCUUCAACUGGACCAAUAUCGAUAAUCCCUGCUUCAACAAUCACUCAACUAAAGCUUAUGCUCGCAACGGCACGCACCAGCUCUUCAAUGAAAUCGAAAAUUGGAUCAACGAAAAUUUCAAAGAACAAGAAUCCCAUCGUCAUCGCCGAUUUAUCGGUGACCCAUUCCGUAUCAACUUCUCAUGGCCGUCACGCAAAUCUCAAACUAAGGCCGCACUUGAAACUCUCAACAAGAAAUCAACAACAAACGCGAAAGAAACUGUCGACCUGGUCAACAUUGUCAACAAGGACUUGCUGGAGAUUCAAUCAGAAGUUAUCAACGACGAAACGAACUUUGAAAAUUUUGUUGCUCAACUUUGCGAUUUUGACGCAAAAAUCUCUGCCUUGGUUAUGAAACUUAUCAACUCACUUCUGUUCGAUGAAUUUAAAUCAACAAUCACUGGAAUUUCCCACGUCGUCAUCAAAUCUGACUUGCAAAAUCUUCUCUCAAGCCUUUGCUCGUUCGAUUACGAUGAACUUUACACAAAUUGCGCAAAUAUCAUCAGUUCCUACCCGCUCCGCAUAAAGAACAUAAACUCUGAAAUCUACGAAGACAAGAUGAUACUACAAAUCAACGCCACAGCUAAAAUUCCGUCAUUUGAAAAACUAGGAAAUGCCACUCACAUUCUGGAAGGACCGAAACCAAUCAGCAAUCAAGAAGACACCUUCAUCUACGAAAAACUCAUCCUUCCGCACACAAUUGCGAUUUCAAGCUCAACUUCAACUUCACUCGAUCUCUGCGAGGACAUUCACGACGCUUAUAUCUGCUCGUAUGGACAAGUCAACAAUUUCAAACUCAACAAAUGUGCUACUGAUUUGGCAAACAACAAUUCAACAAAGAACUGCGAAACAACUCUCAUCAAAAGCGACAAGGAUUGCCUAUUCUCUCAGUUUCAACGUUACAUCAUGAUAAGUCAUUUUAAUCAAAUAGGUAUUUCUUAUUUUGACCGACGACACAAAAAACAUUUCACCAACUUUACACAUUCUGAUGGAAACUUCGUGUACCAGCUGACUAAUAAACCAACGACACUUCACUGCACAAACGACAUCUUCUACGCUCAUUAUGAAGAGACGCUAAAUCACGUUCAACUUCACACAACAAACACACUUGACCAUUUUGACCUCAUCAGUCAAGAUGAUUACCGCAAUUCUCAAAAUUUUCUCCAACACAAACGCGCAAAUAUCUCGACAGCGGAAUACAAUGACAUCGCGAACAAACUCACGGAGAAUGAAACCUUUGGAAACAAAAUUAUCUCACACUACAAAACAAACUGGAUAUCGACUUUAAUGACGACCCUUCACACAAUUGCUUCGAUCAUCAUACUCCUGAUAAUUUUCAGAAUCACAAUCGCCUUUGCUCCACUACUUCGACAAUUUUUAAAUUUCAUCUCAUCAACAAUAGCCUACGGAUUGUCACGCCUUCUUCCCAAACUUCUCUUUCUUCGCAAAGCUCAAACCGACGAUAAAAUCAACAUGGACGAUGCUUCAAGCCCGCCAACUCCUGAGAACCUCAAGGAUCUCCCAUUCUCGACUAACGCUUGA